UCCUACGAGGCCAACGCUGUAGAACCUCCGCUUGGUGGGAAAGCCCGAGCUCUCCGUGCCAGGGAAUCGCAGCCGGGUGGGGCGGGGCUCGCCGCCUCCCAUGAGUGGCUGCACAAAGAACUUUCCCAAGGCUGGCAAAAGGCGCUCCUAAUCUGGCCUCUAAAGAACGAUCUGCCUGCUCCAAACCCGCGGGGAAGGAAGGGCUCGAAUGAAUGAGUGCCGCGUGAAUGUCUGGAGCCGCAAGGGAACCCGCGCACCACCUGUGGCGCACAACGAUCUCCCUCCCGGCACAGGCAGAGACAGGGACUAGCCCAGCUGCAAACCCCGCGCAGAGACUCAUGUGAACCACUUCAGGACGCGGCUUGCCAGCAAUACGCGCAUGCGUACUGAUAAGACUCCAGGCUGCACUCGCAGUAGUGAACAGUUGCGGCGUAGAUCCUACGAGGGCAACGUUGCAGAACGCUGCGCAUGCGUGAGAGAAAAAGCGGUGAGGCGAGAGAAGUACAAUAUUGGAUAAACAGGACGGAGGAGGAAAUACGGUGGCCUGAACGGUUCAUGCAGCGCCUGCGCACUGAAGUGUUUGUGUAUUCUGGCUGCGCUGCGGCGUCAGCGGCUCCGGGGGGGCGGGGGAAGAUGGCGGCGUCCUCGUUGGAGCAGAAACUAUCCCGCUUGGAGGCCAAACUGAAACAGGAGAACAGAGAGGCCCGGAGGCGCAUCGACCUCAACUUGGAGAUCAGUCCAGCCCGGGCGCGACCUAUUAUUGUGAUCACUCUAAGCCCUGCUCCCGCUCCAUCCCAACGUGCAGCAUUGCAGCUUCCCUUAGCCAAUGAUGGCAGCAGUCGGUCCUCCUCGUUGGAGAGCUCACCUCAGCAUCCCACUCAUCCAUCGCGCCCCCGUAACAUGCUGGGUCUGCCUCAGCCAUCCUUCCUCAUGCACAGGAGCAUGGAGAGUAUAGAGAUCGAUCAGAAACUGCAAGAAAUUAUGAAGCAGACGGGUUAUUUGACCAUUGGAGGACAGAGAUAUCAAGCAGAAAUCAAUGACCUAGAAAACCUGGGUGAGAUUGGCAGCGGGACAUGUGGACAAGUGUGGAAAAUGCGUUUCAAGAAGACGGGGCACAUCAUAGCAGUGAAGCAAAUGCGCCGUUCUGGUAAUAAAGAGGAGAACAAGAGAAUCCUGAUGGACUUGGAUGUAGUGCUGAAGAGUCACGACUGUCCCUACAUAGUUCAGUGCUUUGGGACUUUCAUCACAAAUACGGAUGUUUUUAUAGCCAUGGAACUGAUGGGCACAUGUGCUGAGAAGCUGAAAAAACGCAUUCAGGGACCUAUCCCUGAGAGGAUUUUGGGAAAGAUGACUGUAGCGAUUGUCAAGGCACUCUACUACCUGAAAGAAAAGCAUGGCGUCAUCCACAGAGAUGUGAAACCUUCCAAUAUCUUGUUAGAUGAGAGGGGCCAAAUCAAACUCUGUGACUUUGGUAUCAGUGGGAGACUGGUGGACUCAAAAGCCAAAACUCGGAGUGCUGGUUGUGCAGCAUAUAUGGCGCCUGAGAGAAUAGAUCCCCCUGAUCCUUCAAAACCAGAUUAUGAUAUUCGGGCAGAUGUGUGGAGCCUUGGCAUUUCUCUGGUUGAGCUGGCUACGGGUCAGUUUCCCUACAAGAACUGUAAAACGGACUUUGAGGUCCUCACCAAGGUGUUGCAAGAAGAUCCUCCACUUCUCCCAAACAACAUGGGAUUUUCCAUAGACUUUCAGUCCUUUGUUAAAGACUGCCUUACUAAAGAUCACAGGAAGAGACCAAAGUACAACAAGCUACUUGAACACAACUUCAUCAAGCGUUAUGAGACACUGGAAGUCGAUGUGGCAUCCUGGUUCAAAGAUGUCAUGGCUAAGACAGAGUCACCCCGCACAAGCAGCAUCCUCAGCCAGCACCAUCUGCCGUUCUUCACCAGGUAGCCAUGCAGUGUGGCUGUCACGCCAGAGAAGGCCUCCUUGGCAGUCAUCGCUCACAAGGAGGGGCAGGAGAGAGCACCACAACACAACAGGCACCUACUCUCUUCAGAGCAACUCUUCAGCAACAUGGGCUCAGUCACCCUUGUCUGUUUUGUCUUCUCCAUCAGUAUUGCCCAGAAGAGUUGGGGGAGUUGUCUGGUCUGUCUCUAAUGCAGGUGUCUUGCUUCCCCUCUUUGCAUCUCAGCACCAGACAGCCCAAGAUACGAAGCUUUAAGCAAAAGGGCCUUUGUCUCUUCCUGUGAUUAACCAACCACCUGCCAUGAAGAGCUGUCAACAAGUGUGCGCGCGCUCCCUGCUUCUCUCUCCGCCAUGACUGGAGGCUCCAGGCCACACAACAGUGACUGUUGCUCAUGCACUGUGAACAGACACAAGACAUGCAAAAAGGAAAAAGAAAAAGAUAUUUUUUUUACCACUUAUUUAUUAAGUUUGGACUUCUGGCGCUGCGGGCUGCCUCCUGCACCCCUUUGCCAAUCCUUGCAUUAUUAUAUGUCCUUUUUUAUUUGUGUUUUUGGGAUUGUAUUUGCUGAGGGGGAAUAGGGUUGGGAAUAGCUGCUGCUUUAGAAUCUGAGCUUAGCUAUUGCUGUUGUAUUGGUUUCCUUUUUUCCUAGGGCUGGUGGGGCGGGUGGCGGGUGGGGGGAGACAGAAAGGGAAGGUUUGAGGGUUAUUCUCAUUCAAGAGUAGCUCAGUUUAAGUGAUUUUUUCUUCAAUUCUUUUUGAUCUCAGGGGUUCCUAUUCUUUUGUUUUGAGCGUGAACAAAGUUUUGUCAAUGGCAUUUUAUUUACCAAAGCGUGUCUGGUGCUAGGAUAAAUGCUUGUUCAUUUUCUUCCAGUAUUUAAGAAAGGGAAAAACAGAACUUCACUAUAAUCCUGGCAUCAAGAAAGCCAUUU